UGAUACUCAAAAUUUAACGUUUAUCUUAUUUUACUAUAUAAAAAAUGAAAUAUCUGAAUUCUGUGCUUUGUUUAAUUUUAUCUGUGUACAUAUUGCUUCUUCUGUUUUGUUAAUAAGUUUUCAGGAAAAUUGUAUAAAAGCUGAUCACACUGGGUGUCGAUUAUUUAUUAUGUCUUUUUAAUUUCAUUUGGCAAUUUGCUAACUGUGUGAAUAAAAGAAAAAAAAAUACUGUUAUUAAGUUAAUAAAGGCCUGAAUAAUAUUUAGACAGUAAAUAAUAAAUUUUUGAAACAACUUGUUGAUAAAAAACAUCAAAUGUAUUUUGAAAUUGCUAUAUUGAAUAUACUGUCCAAAACUGUACACCACUUUAAAGACAUAAAAAUAACUAGGUUGCUUAAUCCAGAUUACCAUAAUUGCUUCAUGCACUUGAAUGGCAUAUACUGGAAACUAUUUCAUGUUGAAGAAUGUUUACUGAAUAGUUGUUUUGGGUAGAUCUUGGUAACAAAAUAAACUGGCAUUGGCAGUGCGACUUCAUCCACUAUAAGCACUAAAAAAAAUGUGGUGCUAGCAUAGAUUUAUUAUCGUCAAUUGCAGCUAUAAGAGAGUAGUGGUAGAUUUGCAGUGUGUAAUGAGUAUAAUAAAUAUGGUUUCUAACACCCAAUCUGCUUUAAACUUGAUAGGAAAAAGUGCGAGUAUGAUUGAUAUAUUUCACUUCAAAGUAUCUUAGUAUUUGUAAAUUCUUAUCCCUUAUCUAAAGCUUGUAUUGAUGUCGACGCAUCUAGCAAAUAAAAUAAAGGAAUGGUACAUUGCGCCAGUUGGUUGUUGGGGAAUUAUUAAAUUAACGUAGUUCCAUUCUUCUAUAUCCAAUGAAACUUAGUUGUUGAUACUAAUUAUUAAAAGAAAAUUCUUACAUUUUUGAGUCAACUUUGUGCAAAAAGAUUCUGAAGCUGCACACUUCUUAAAUGCUAUAUCUUAAUACAGUAGUGAGAGAUUGCAAGUAGAUAUAAGCCUAAAUAAAGGUAUUUUGAAUAAGGAAAUUAGCGUUGUUACAGAAUUAAUUGGCAUAAUGAUAUAGCUAUUUUUCAAUAUGAAGAUAAAACAACCUAUUGGUUGUGAAAUUACGUAAAUACCAUAAUAUAUGUUUGGGUGGCUUACGAGUUUGCGAUGUAAUUAGAAAAUGUUGAUGAUUCACGUCAGGUUAUAGUUAUAGCGUAUGCGUAUUCUUACAAAGACGUAAGAUCUCGCUUGUAUAAAUAACGAAAACAUUUUUUUAGUGAAUAAUAAGCAAAAAAUUACCAUAAUAGAAAUAUACAUUCGCUAUUUUCUGAGGUAUUGGAUGCACAUAAAAACUUUGUUUUUAUGUUAUGAGCAUUGGAAAAGUUCAUUUCAAAUAUUCGGAAAAUUAAACUUUGUGUCUUUAAAUGCACAACUUUGCUACAAUUUAAUUUAUCUCACAGUUUUCGAUAUUCCAAUCAUAUAUCUCGUAUGUGGGAUUUCUGGUAUUAUUUUCUUGUUUGUUCUAUCUUAUUAAAACCUCAACGGAUUUAAAUCUAAGCGCUCGACAUAUUCUAACUGGUAAUGGGCACUAAGUGAGUCUAUUAAACGUACAUGGUAUUAUUCAAAAAUAUUCGAAAAAUGUGUUUAAAUGUUCUAAUGAUUUGUAAGUAACAUAUGAUAUUAUCCCUUAAUUGGCUCGAGGCAUUUUUUAUUAUAAGACGCCGGAGAAUUAUUAUACAUUAUAACAAUCAUCUUUAUACCAACAGUUCUGACGUGUUCGUCAGAAAACACAUAUCAUAUUGAAAGAAACCAUCAAAAAUGGUCUAAUUUUAUAGAUUUUGUGAAAUAUUUAUAUAUAAGUUUUUUAAAAACCAAGAAAUAUAUUCUAAGAUAAAUAAUAAAAUAUUUAGGAUCCAACAAUAUAUUUGAAAAUAUUAUAAAAAUUCAAAAGUAUAAAAUAACUUUCACAGUUUCAAUAUUUGGAUCUUAUUCCGCGUUGAAGUUGGCUAACCUGACAUCUUCCAAUCGAUUCCCGGUCAUUCGGUUGCACAGCUAAAACAUCUCGUUGCCAAUGUCUCUUAAAAGUUUUCAUUACCUAACCUCAAAACGAAAAUAAUCAUUUAACGCCUAGAGUUUGACGGAAUUGCUUCUGCAUGAAACAUGUUAAGUAUAUAUUUUAUUUUAUUUUAAUACAAAUAAUGGAAGAUGCAAAACGUAAAAAUAAUAAAGGAAAACGAAAAAAACGAGAAGUGAAAAGUGUAGUGUCUUCGUACCUUCAUCAACGAAACUACUGUAACUUACAAACAUUUCUAAUAACAAAGAAGCAACAAAUAACACAAGCGCUGGUUGAAACUGCUGUAGGAAGACCUAAUUCAAUACUUUACCGCUGUGAUCCUUUAGUAAUCGAACAGAAUUUUACAAAGUUUUUAUUUUGGUUGAGAGAGCAAACAAAUUUCAAAAACCAUGAACAUGAUGUUGAACGUAUGGUUGCGCCGUUAUUUUGUCACAUUUAUAUGGAAAUUCUUCGUUAUGAACAUAGUGAUAGAGCAGCAUCAUUUUUUAAAUCUCAUUUUCAACUAUUAAAUGAAAAUAAUUGUGAUAGAACUAUUAGAGAAUUAUUUUUUGCUAAUGGUGAAGUUAGAAAGGACAUAUCUAAAUACAAGGAAAAAUUUAGAAGCAAUAGAAUGGUUGUCCAAGUGGAUUCCGAGUUUUUAAAAAAAUUGAAAAAGUUUGUGCUUGAAAAUUGUCAUAUUAUGUUUGUUCAAGUGCUGCAAACGUAUUUUGAUUUUCAAAUGAAUGAUUUUAUUAGGAAAGAGAAUGAUAAAGUUAUUCAUAGGCAGUCGUUAAACAAUGACCAAAAAUAUGAAAAUUUUAUAAAUGUGAGAAGAGAUUUGAAAAAUGAACCGACCCCAGUUUUCACAGUUCAUAUUAAUAACAACAAACAUAAUAUACCAUGUGGUUUAUUAAGACGACAGUGUGGAUUAGUUAUACUUGCAGAAAAUAAUGCUUUACGUCUGAUGCCUUUGCACCCUAUGGAUUCGAUACUAGGUUUAAAUGUUAGUGGUCAUUUAAAAUUUAUGCAUCAUUCUAAAUACAUUUACAGUGUAGACAUAUCAUCCAAUAAUAAAGUGUUAGUAUCAGGAUCUGCAGAUGGGACAUUGUGUAUAUAUGAUUUAGUUAAUUUAAGAUUAGUGAAAAGAUGCACAGGUCACUUAGGAUCAAUUUAUUGUGUUAAAAUUAGCAGCAAUUGUCUCUAUGUAGCAACGGGUAGUUCAGAUGGGACAGGAAGACUUUGGCAUGUUAAAAACGGUAGGUUGAUAAGAACUUUUUGUGGUCAUAUUCAGGCUGUGACAUCUUUAGAAUUUCAUCCAAACUGUUUAUACAUAGCUACAGGAUCGGCAGAUAGGAACAUCAGAUUAUGGUGUGUAAACAAAGCUAAUACUCUAAGAUUAUUACAUGCUAGCAAAGGUACUAUUUAUAAUUUAGCAUUUAGUCCAUGUGGCAAACUAAUAGCUAGUGCAAGUGAUGAUAAAAGUGUUAGGAUAUGGGAUAUAUUGAAUUCUAAGGUAAUUAUUGAAUUUAAGUGUAAAGAUUCUUCUCUUUUCAAAGUAAUUUGGAAAUUUGAUGGUAGUGAAAUUUGUGUUGGAAGUUUAGAUGGCACAAUUAGAGUUUGGAGUGUAACUAGGACACAUAAUGGUGAAAACAAAUAUGCAGAUCCUAUUGUUACACGUUCACUUAAUGCAAAAUUAUUGAGUAUAGAUUAUGCAUUUGGUACCUUUGGAAUUUUAACAGUAUGAUGAAUGUUUUUUAUAAGUUGAACAAUUUUUGGCCAAAAAUUGAAUUUUAUCUAUCAAUCACUGUAAUCCCAAUAUGGUUCCAACCGGGCUUGUUUUUUAUACAAAACUUAAAUUACCACUUCAACAUACCUGUUCACUCAAGUCGAUUCCUGAAGGCACAUAAUAAAUGUUUUGGCGAAAGGAUAAUUUAUUGGUGUAAGUGUAUGUUGAAGGUAAUAAAAUACGAGAAAGAAAAAAA